UGGCUGCCUCUGCCACUGCAGCAAGUGCAGGCGGCGUUUAGCAGGCUAACAGGCUUUUCGGCGUGUUUUUGUGCAGUGUGUCAUUGAAGAGGAAGAGCGUGAAAAAGCUCGAAAUGUGCGCAAGAUGAAAUCGCCAUGUCCUGGGAGACGAUUUUCUUUGGGAUCGCCUCUGAAGAAGGGGAUACGCUAACGUAAAGAAACCCGGAAGUGUUGUUAAAGGUGAGGAAAAGCUUAGCUGUGUCUAAGUUUGUCCCUUCCAUCUUCUACAUUCAGGUCUCUACACUUCGGUUAUGUGCCUAAUCUCCCAGCAGCCACAGACACGAUGAGUGCCAAAUAUGGCCUGGUGGGCUACAACAGUUCACGGAAGCACAUCUCGAUCUCCAUUCCAUCAUCCACAGAGGUGAUGUCACCGCACAUAAAGUCUGUGGAGGAGCUGAGGGUCCUAGGAAUCAACCUAAGCAGCUUUGGUGCCCCCACACAGUUCUUCAUCUGUGUGGCUGGAGUCUUUGUCUUUUACCUCAUCUAUGGAUACCUGCAGGAGUUGAUAUUUUCCGUAGAAGGAUUCAAGCCUUUCGGUUGGUACCUCACUCUGGUCCAGUUUGGCUUCUACUCCAUGUUCGGACUCGUGGAGCUUCAGCUCACACAGGACAAGCGCAGAAGGAUACCAGGGAAGACCUACAUGAUUAUAGCCUUUUUAACAGUGGGCACUAUGGGCCUGUCCAAUACCUCCCUGGGCUACUUGAACUACCCCACCCAGGUUAUCUUCAAGUGCUGUAAACUUAUCCCAGUCAUGAUUGGAGGAGUGUUUAUACAAGGUAAACGCUAUAAUCUGGCCGAUGUGUCUGCUGCCCUCUGCAUGAGUCUGGGACUUAUCUGGUUUACGCUAGCUGACAGCAAAGUGGCUCCUAGCUUCAACCUCACAGGCGUUCUCCUCAUCUCCCUGGCACUGUGCGCAGACGCAGCCAUUGGAAACGUGCAGGAGAAAGCAAUGAAACUCCAUAAUGGCUCCAACUCUGAAAUGGUGUUGUACUCGUACUCCAUCGGUUUCGUCUACAUACUGACAGGCCUGCUCUGUGUGGGCGGGCUGGGGCCAGCAGUGGCAUUCUGCUCAGAGCAUCCAGUCAAGACGUACGGUUACGCAUUCUUCUUCUCUCUCACGGGUUAUUUUGGCAUCUCCUUCGUGCUGGCCUUGAUCAAGCUCUUCGGUGCCCUUGUUGCAGUAACAGUGACCACUGGGAGAAAGGCCAUGACUAUUGUACUUUCCUUCAUGUUCUUCGCAAAACCUUUCACUUUUCAGUACAUAUGGGGCGGCCUUCUGGUGCUCUUCGGCAUCUUCUUGAAUGUUUACAGCAAAAACAGAGAGAAAAUGAAGCUUCCUUCCAUCAAGGACCUCAGGAGCUGGCUGCUGAUGGGAAAGAAAGUCCGAUUUCUCUCACAAGACGUAUAGAAGGGCACCCACGCACGUGGUGGAAGUCCUGCGCCGGCAGACUGUACGUCUGUUCAGAUGGAGAGUCCAACCAGCCCACCUGGUUCAGGGGAUGCAAUGAAGCACGUGCCCCACGUUACAAACCUCAUCACCACCAACACCGAGCCAAGGAUCGGUGUACAGAGUUUGACCACAGACCAGCCUGAAAAUCAGCUGACACACGAUUGAACUACAAUGGGUGAUAGAGUCGCUGUAUCCCAUCUCUAUCUGCCAGCCACACCACUGGUGUAACUCAAACUCUCUGCAGCAAACUGAAGGAUCAUAACUGUUUUUAUUACAAGGGGAUCAAUGCUAGUGGGCUCUUUGAGCAGUGCUUGAGAGCUCCACAGGAACAGUCCAAACUUGGAGGACAACACUGAGGACUUUAAAGACUCUCUAAAGGGAAGCCAGCGCCUUAGCCAACCAAAUCGCACAGUUUGCACUGGAAAUGACUUAAACCCUUGAGUGGUUGGGGAAAAAAACAGAAUUGUUGGAGGAGAAUAGCACAGAGUGACAUGUGAAUCUGUCAUGUCUGAAAAUGAAUGUUUGUCCCACACCCUGAAAAAAAAACAUCUUGAUUUAAAAAAAAAAAAAAAAAAAAAAGGCAUAUUUGCCCUCGCAUGUGCCAGGAAGACAGAACUAAACUUUGUUUUACAUAAUCAUUGUCUUGAUAAAAAGUGGCUUUUUUUCAAAGUUUAUUGGUAAUUUAUAUUUGUCCUAUUUCGUUGAACAUGUGGGAUCUGUGCGAUCAUAUGGUGACAUUUCUAGGAAUCUGGAGACAUUCUCUCCUUUGUACAUCAAUACAUUAAAAACACCAACUGCCAUAAUUUGCUAACCAUGUGUUUGGGUGAAAGGGUACCAUUCUUUUUACAUUAAAACAAACUGAGACAUUUCUCUUAAAGUA